AAGUUCUACUACCAAUUAAUUGACCGCCCGAUUAUUUCAUUUACACGACUGUGGGAAUUAAAAAACGACGCAUAUUAAACCAGUGCUUAUAGCGUAAUCCGAUCCUACGGGUAGAAAGGGAAAUCGCUAGGAAUUGUCGCGCAACCUGUUCAGCUCCUCCAUUUAUUAUCACCGGAUAUUGGCGCAUUCAGGAACAACAAGUGAGCGCAAAGUCUGGAUACAAAACGACCUAAUGAGGUACAACCCUCUCUUGGCCGCGAUUAGCCUAGGGUGGCUCUUUGCGGUUGCCGUCAAUGGGCUUUGCAAUCCUCAGGAUGUCACUUACAGCAAUGAAAUGCCACCCAAUGGGACGUAUAUGCCAUGGAGUCUGAUCGGAGCGAUUAACAGCGUUCCCGGCUCACGGCAGUACAUCACUAUUGUUAACCUGACGCCUCAUCGAUUUGUCCUGCAGAACACACACUCAUACCAGAUGGAUGUGUUUGAUUGGGGCGAUGUUCCGCAAGGCCAUGCGCGGCAGAACACUGUCGUCUAUACUAACAAACCUGGGAAGACGGCUGUGGAUGACGGUGGUGAAGCGUAUUAUGCCAUCGACGGAACUGACAAAACCUUCUUCGUUCGAGCUACAACACAUAUCCCCGAUUCACAUCCUGCACGGACUGUAAUUGAUCUCACGGGCAUGGGCCAAGGUCAACGCGAAUAUUUGGAUCCCGCCAACCAAUCUCCAGUGACGCUGGUUAUCACAGGAAGCGAUAGCUACGGUUUCAUUACAUCUAUUAGAUAUGGUGCUGGAAACUGGAUGAAGAGCAUCUACGAAGUCAUCAAAGACAGGCAGAUCCAGCACGUCGUCAUGCCGGGGACUCAUGAUGCUGGAAUGAGCACCAUCAGCGGUCAGAUUCUUGGAGGAGGUAUCAGCGAGAAUACACAAACCCAGGGCCUUAACAUCUACUAUCAACUCUCUGCAGGCUCUCGUUAUUUUGAUCUACGUGUCGGAUCAGUGCACUCUGUCACAGACAAUUCCGAAUACAGCUUUUGGACCUUGCAUGUCAAUGACGAAACGGCUGAAGUUGCGUUGGGCAAUUCUGGCGAGUCCCUCGACAGUGUUAUUAGCGAGAUCAACCAAUUCACUGCUGAGAAUCCUGGAGAGGUCAUUUUCUUUCAUGUAAGGUACCUAAUCGGUAUUCGAGAGGUGCCUAGCCUGGGACCCAUUUACUGGACGACUCCGAUGGUAAAUGAUUUCUUCGGUAAGCUUAAAGGCGUCAACAACCGUUGUGGCAACUUGGACACUAGCACCACUUUCAAUCAAAAGCCAGCAUCUUAUUUCAUGGACCAGAACGGAGGAAACGGCUGCGUGAUAUUUCUUCUCGCGGGGGACUUGCAGCCAAGCGUGCCCCAAGACUCGGUUGCGGAUGGCAUCUACCAGGCCAAUAGACUUUCAAUAGCAGAUGAUUGGUCUGAUUUGGGUGACACCAAGCCCAUGGCGGAAGACCAAGCAUCUGACUGGAAGCAAGUGAUUCGAGGCGGCAGUUCUGACACGUUUCACAUAAGUCAAUGGCUUGUGAGCGCAGACAUAGUUACCACGACUCUGUUUACUAUUGAAGGCAUUGGGAUUCUACCCACUAAUCCGGCACUCUACUGGAUGGGCGUUAACAACAUGACUCCCCAGAGCUGGCCGACUGUCAUCCUAACUGAUUACAUUGGCGUUGUUGUCAAAGGCCAGCAUAGCUGGGAACAGCUGAGCGCGGACAUUUACACGUUGGCCAUUGGCUUGAACCUAUAUCUGAUCAGUGAGAACUGUGAUGUGAGCACGAUAUCUUCACCGCUGCUGCGAAAAGCGAAUUCGGGGCUCAAAAUGGCUACCUUAUCAAAACCCUGGAAUGGCAUCCAUUAUGCAAAUGGCACGAUAAUCGACAACCCGUCACGUCAUUUACAUCCUGGCCGUGUCGAGGUAUUGAGGAAAGGCACCCGAUUUCUCAAUGGCACAGUACUGGGAGAAGAUAUCAUCAAUCCUUAUUUCAAUUCCACAGCCAUGUAAUAGGUUGUACCAGAGCCUUUGUACAGACCAUUGGCGCAUAAGUGGAGAUGUAACUUAACUUGAGAUACACUACAAAUUUCGUUGCAUGUGAGGAAUCUCUAGCUUAUUUACAAAUAAAAGAAUAUG